UUGGUGUACCCCUCUCCUCGGUAAAUAAUCACGUGCAAAUCACGAGCUUCCGCAAAAUACCAGCUUUCGCCGAGGAACAGUGGGCAGAGCAGAUCUGAGGAGCAAGAGACGACGGAAAAAUAUGCAGGGAGGAUCCACAGGCAUCGUCUACGGCGGCCUCAAGUACCAGGCGAGAUGCAUCGCCGACGUGAGAGCGGACGCUGAGCACACCAGCUUCCUCGCCGGCACCCUAAGUCUCAAGGAGGAGAAUGAGGUGCACCUGAUUCGGCUCUCGCCAUCGGGGACGGAGCUCGUGUGCGAGGGAUUGUUCUACCAUCCCAAUGAGAUCUGGGAUCUUAAACCUUGCCCCUUCGAUCAAAGGGUCUUUUCCACUGUUUUUACAAAUGGUGAAACACAUGGAGCGGCCAUUUGGCGGAUACCUGAACUUUAUGGUCAGACAAAUGCUCUAGAGCAACUUGUUUCCCUUAAUGAGCAUACAUCCAAAGUUAAAUGCAUCCUUUGGUGGCCACUGGGAAAACAUGACAAAUUGAUUAGCAUUGAUGAGGGAAAUCUAUUGCUGUGGAACAUAGAUUCUUCAACCAAGGUGGCUAAGGUAAUAUCUCAAGAAUCUGUUGGUAUGCUUCAUAACUUAUCUGGGGGUGCAUGGGAUCCGCAUGACCAGAAUGCAAUUGCUGCAAUAUGUGACUCGGCACUUCAAUGUUGGGACCUCCGUUCAAUGAAGAAGUCUAAUCCAAUUGAGCACAAUCAUGUUCGGGAUGUAGAUUACAACCCCAAGCAGCAGCACAUCCUUGUUACCGCUGAAGAUGAAUCUGGGUUGCGCUUAUGGGACCUUAGAAUGCCUAAGCUUCCUGUUGAGGAGUUCCCUGGGCAUACACAUUGGACCUGGGCUGUACGGCAUAAUCCGGAGUAUGAUCAGCUGAUUUUGAGUGCUGGAACGGAUUCAGCUGUUAAUCUCUGGCUGGCUGCUUCUACUGGAAACCAGGAUGCAAGAAAUGAAGGUCUAGUAGACUCGUCAACAAGUCAGAUGGAUCCACUACUCAGUUCAUACAGUGACUAUGAGGAUAGUGUUUAUGGUCUUGCAUGGAGCUCUAGGAAUCCAACAGUAUUUGCAUCACUGUCAUAUGAUGGGCGGGUUGUGUUAGAAUCAAUUAAGCCUUAUCUUCAGAAAAAAUGAAAGCUUUAGCCUCAUCAAAGUCAUGGAGCAGAUGGCCACAGUUGCAUUUCAAUCCUGGCACAGGUACUUCUGAUGUUUUUAAUGGAUGAAGGUCUUCUUAAUUACUUAUUCCCUUGGAGAACCCACCCCUAUUCUACAGUUUGAGUUUUUCCCGCUGCAGGGUUUUGUAUCUUGUAUUUUUGUGACAAAUGUUAAUAUAAUCAUUUGCUAAAGUUUGAACCUUAAAACAUCAGCCAGAUUGUCCAAAUUAUCAUGUAUUCAGUGAAAAAAUUUGUACUAUUCAUGUUCGUUACAAUUAUAAUGUCAAGUUAUAGAUAAUAAAUCACCAUUUUUGAGGUCU